UUUUGGUUCGAAAUAUCCGCCAUGAGCCCCCAACGCCUCGGCUGAUCCAAGAAUGGAGAACAGUGACGAGCGAAGCUCGUUCUAACUACGGAGCAAUUUUACCAACCAAUGCCCAGCUGAACCUGAUGCAAAUGUCUGCGUACGCUUCUGUUUAUAUGGCUUUUCAGGUUCUUAAUGACACUUACGAGGAUUUACACGAUAUGGACGGGAUGGACCUGGCCGAACUGUUUCUGAACAAAACAUUUCGAACGCCGGGACAAACAAUAACCGUUGAUAACGAUGGAAUGCGUUUAACUGAUGUGUCCAUCAGACAGUACAACAACCAGACCUUCGUUCGUACACUAACGUGGCUAUAUUCUGCGGAAAUGGAAAGCCUAAAUUUUGUGCUGAAUGCAAGCCUUUUCUGGCCAGGGAAUGAUGGCGUUCUCCCGGCCAACAGCUUUCCUCCAUGCGUUGAUCGUAUUUGCGUGGAUAGGUCAACAGUUUCUCCUGGAACAUACGCAUUGGAUACAUUUCUAGGAAUUUUGGGAAUCAGCGUAAUUCUAAUCAUAUGCUCGUAUUGCAGACGGAAAACCGAGCUAAUGGAAAAUAGUUGGUGGAUGGUAGAAAAUUCCGAUAUUGUGGAUUUGACUAUGAAUCCAACAGUAUUCAGGUUUGCCGGUCUGGCAGUACCUUUUGUCGACACACACGAUGGAACUCCUAAAUUUCAAAAUGCUCUGUACAAAACAUUUCGUGUGCAAGCGGCGCAUGUUGCACAUGUUAAAACAAUUGACGAUGUCCUGCGAAAUCGAGCCGCUAUAGCUGUCCUGAAACAGAUUCGAGAAUGCAACCAUUUCAAUUUGGGAAAAUUCUAUGGACUGCUAUUACCGUCGCAGUGGACACCCACAUUCAAAAGACUGCUGGCAAUUGUUGAAUGCGGCCAAAAGGGACUUUUGAGAAACUACAUUGAUCAGGAUAACCUUGCCUUCAGCUGGGACUUGCGGUUCUCCCUUAUGUGGGAUCUAUUUCGCGCACUAGAAUACAUCGGCCGAAUCUCGCUCCGUAUUCAUGGUUCUCUGGAUUUUUCUUCCCUGAUAAUUGAUGAACAUUUCAGCCUUAAAAUUGCUAGACUCGGAAUGCAUCAGUUACAGCAGUCACUGCAUAGUUCUCUAAAGGCAGCUGAAUCGUUUCCACGAAUUUGCUGUCUUUGGAUGGCGCCGGAAGUAUUACGGAAUACUAGUCAUGCUCAUACAUCGACUGCAGACAUAUUUAGCUUGGGCGUGAUUCUGUACGAAAUUGCUACCCGGAAAACCCCAUUCAACGUCGAUGUGUUCGACCCAGUUGCAAUUGAAGCAAUGGUGGAACGUGUUAAGAACGGUUUCCUAAAGCCUUCCACAUAUGAAAUGAAAAACACUCACCCCACGAUGGUUACUCUUAUAUACCGGUCAUGGACGUUUAAUCCCCAAAGUCGCCCUUCAAUCGGAGAUUUUAUGCACGGCUUAAAUACUGUACAUCCCCAUACGAAUAUGUCCUUUACUGACAGUCUCCUGAUGCGCUUGCAAAAAUACAAUCUGGAAUUGGAAGGCACCGUGACUAGUCGUACCAUUGCUCUACGUGAAGAAGCAGAUAAAGUGGACAACCUUCUGGGAAAUAUGCUUCCGAAAUCGAUCGCUAAAGAGCUGAGAGACAAAAAUUACGUCCAACCCGAGUUUUUCGAAUCGGUAUCCGUGAUGUUUAGUGAUAUACCGGCGUUUAAACAUGUUGUGACAUGCUGUUCGCCACUUAUGAUUGUGGAGUUCCUAAAUAAUCUGUAUUCGAUUUUGGAUACAUUAAUUCCAUCCUACGAUGUGUACAAAGUGGAAGCCAUUACGGACCAGUACAUGAUCGCAAGUGGGCUGCCGGCAAGAAAUGGAAUUAUGCAUGCGCAAGAAAUUGGGCGAUUAAGUUUGCAAAUGCUACGAUCAACGGAUCAUCUGACUUGUCUCACGGAUGGCCGCGACUUUCAGCUUGUAUUGCGUAUUGGAAUUAACUCGGGACCUUGUGUUGGAGUUGUUAUUGGCAAGCGACUUCCACAUUACGUUCUAGUUGGAGAUACCAUCAACACAGCCAGUCGUAUCGAAACAAAUGGCGAAGAAUCUAGAGUUCAUAUUUCGGAAGCCACAAAGUGCUUGUUGGAUGUCACCGGAAAUUUCAUCAUCGAGCCAAGAGGUCAAGUUUGUGUUAAGGGGAAAGGAAGUAUGACAACUUAUUGGUUACUCGACACAGUGGAUGGUGUGUACAAUUCGGCUAAAGAAUUUUCGCAAAAAGAAAAAUAAAGAUGGCACCAGAAUGGAUAAAUUAAGAACUAUAAAUGAAGAUAAAAUAACCACGCACUUUUCUAAU